UUUUGCAUUUUUUUAUUACUAUGCUUGCUGAUGUAAAGAGCCAUCAAAAUGAUACCUGUUUCAGGAUAAUGUGAACAAACCAUGAACAUUUAUUGCUCUUUCUAUCUUUAAAAUGUCUGCUGGCUCACUGGAACUUACCCUGUCAAUAAAAUGCACAAAUAAAGCAAUGCAGUACUUUUGGUUGACUUUGACUAUCUUGCUCAUUGGACUUCUCUUUCACCUGUGGAAGAGGCCAAGAAACUUCCCACCAGGACCAUGGUCUGUACCUGUCAUUGGACAUUUCCUACAACUGGAUUACAGGUACCCAAUACCAGACUUCGCCAAGCUGGCAAAAAGAUAUGGGAAUAUCUUCAGGAUCUAUUUAGGAUCUACUCCUAUUAUCUUGACUCAUGGAUUUGAAGCUGUGAAAGAAGUGCUUGUGAACCAUGGAGUAGAAUUCAGUCACAGACCCAAACAUCCUGCUUUUAACAUCAUAUGCAACACUAAGGGAAUUGUCAUGGCCCCUGCUGGGCAGCACUGGAAAGAACAGAGGAGAUUUUCUAUUAUGGUAAUGAGAAACUUUGGCAUGGGUAAAAAGUCCAUGGAAGCUAGGAUACAGGAAGAAAUUGAACAUUUGGUGAGAGCUUUUGAAGUCCAAGAAGACACCCCAUUUGACCCGAGGGAACUUAUCAACAGAGCUGUUGGCAAUAUCAUAUGUUCUGUCUUAUUUGGUCACCGAUUUAACUAUGAAGACAACUCUUUUGGACAGCUCAUUCACCCAAUCAAUGAAAAUUUCAAGCUGGCUUUUGGAAUGUGGGGCGAGAUUUAUAAUACGCUGCCCUUUCUUAGAUGCCUUCCACUACCAUUUCAGAAAAUAUUCAAGAACAUGAAAGUCAUUCAUGCUUUCUUGAAAAAAGAAAUAGAGGAACACAGAGAGACUUGGACACCUGAUGAGCCGAGAGAUUACAUUGAUAGCUAUUUAGAUGAAAUUGAGAAGAGAAAGAAUGGCAAAUCAUGCUUUAAUGAAGACAGUCUGCUCUACUGCUUGACUGACUUGUUGGUGGCUGCGACAGACACGACUACUAGUGCUUUAACAUGGAUAUUACUGAUGAUGAUGACCUACCCUGAUAUCCAAGCCAAGUGUUACAGAGAAAUUUGCUCAUUGCAACAGAAUAAAACAGAUGGAUUCUGCUAUCAGGACAGAUGCAAAUUUCCUUUUAUCCAUGCUGUGCUACAUGAAGUUUUACGUUUAAAGGAGAUUGUCUCUCUAGUACCUCGUAGUGUGACACAGGAAAUUACAAUUCAUGGAUAUACAAUCCCAAAGGAUACCAGAGUGAUGGCUGACCUAUCAUCUGCCCUGCAAGAUGAAUCCCAGUGGAAAUACCCUCAUGAGUUUAAUCCUUCUAACUUCCUGAAUGUCAGGGGGGAGUUUGUAAAACCUGAGGCAUUCAUGUCAUUUGGUGCAGGUCCAAGAAUAUGUCUGGGUGAGAAUCUUGCUCGGAUGGAGCUCUUCCUCAUCUUCAUCAAUCUACUGAAGAAGUUUGAGUUCAUCUGGCCUGAGUGUAACACCCCACCAGACCUUUCACCCACAUUUGGGACUGUGAAUUCACCACAAUCAUUUAAAAUGCAACUAAGGCAGCGAGAGGCCUGAAAGUAACAAAAAAAAAAAAAAAAAAAAAAAAAAGGAUUCUAAAACUGGAAGCUGCCAGAAGAGUUUAUCAUUUGAUUAUGGAGUGGGCUUUUGUAGCUAUACAUGAAUGAUUCAUAAACAGAAUCAUGAAUGUGAUAGCAUUUUUUUUUUCUAAUACUUUUCUCUCAGAUAAAACCCUCACUCUGGACUCAUUUAACUAAAUCUGCUACCUGCAAUUAUACUUUCAGCAGUCACCCAAGCUAAACCUCUCUAACAUACUCUUAAACAAUUAAAGUAAUACUGCUUUGUUUGUGUCAUGGCAUCAUCAUGGCUCACAACACUCCUUCUGUACCUAAUCUCACAAAUACUCCCAACUUUACUCUCUCUGUCCUUCUUUUAAUGCACUUAAUACCACCUCUAUACUUUACCACUCUUAUGACUAUCCAUUGUCUACCUGGACCUCAUUGCUUCUAUUGACUUUACUCUUGCCUCAACUAAUUACUCCUGUUUUUCAGAGUCUAUAAAUAUUUUAAUGUCAUAAAAUGUUAUGUUCAGUUUUGAGUUUAAAUUAUAAUUGCUGUUAUUCUAACACUAUUUGCUUAGAAUGGUCUAUUCAUCUGUAGCCCAUUUGCCUUAAUUGUUGCCUAUAUCCCAUUCAGUGUUAUAAACCUGUAUGUAUAUAACUGUUAAGUCUGUAUUUUCUUGUAUUUUGCUGUAAAUUAUAACGUUUGGUUAAUUUACCCCAUGGCUGGGUCUGACAAAAGUCCUAUGGGUUCAGUGCCCUAUCCCAGAAAAAAAAAAUCAUGCAAACAACAAGAAACUAGUCAAUCAAUAAAUAAAGAAAUUAAGAGCUGUA